CUUAUCUCAACAAGUGGAGGCUGAUUUCCUCUGCUGCUCACAGACAGAUCGUCAGUGUUUGUCCUGGACUCCUCAGCUGCUCACACAGUAUAUGCUUCUGUGGACUGAACUGUAGGCCGCAGGACCAGGAUCAAGAAAGAUACUGCCGACAUAUCUCAGGAAUAGUCUUCUGUUUACCACACUGACAAAGUAGAGGAGGCAACUCCCUUGAAGCUGUGCACUAAUUGUCCUAGAAGAGCUCAAGGAGCGACAAAUUCACACUUAUAUAUAACUCUAAAACAUCAUCAACAACAUCAACAAUGGGUAACAGCAAGAGUGGCGCUGUGUCCAAGGAGAUCCUGGAGGACCUGAAACUCAACACCAAGUUCUCAGAGACUGAGAUUGUCCAGUGGUAUGAAAACUUCAAGAAGCAGUGUCCAACAGGGCGAAUUACAAAAGAGGAGUUUCAGAACAUCUACAACAAGUUCUUCCCAGAAAGUGACGCCCAAACGUACUCCCAACAUGUCUUCCGCUCUUUCGACACAAAUGACGAUGGCACGCUGGACUUCAAGGAGUACAUCAUCGCUCUCCACAUGACAUCAACAGGGAAGACCACCAGGAAACUGGAGUGGGCCUUCUCGCUGUUCGACGUGGACAAGAAUGGAUACAUCACCAAGUCAGAAGUCAAGGAGAUCUGUACGGCGAUUUUCAAGCUGAUUCCUAAAGAUGAGCUGGCUUCUCUGGCUGACGAUGAAAACACAGCUGAAAAGAGGGCAGACAAACUCUGGAAGUUCUUUGAAAAGGGCGAUAAUGACCGAGUGGCAGAAGGAGAGUUUAUCCAAGGAGUAUUGGACAAUGAAGACGCUCUUCGUUUGAUUCAGUAUACGCCUUCAAAGUAAUUCUUCUACAGAUUCUUCACUGUACCUGUCGUUUCCACUUUACCUUUUACUCUGCUAAUACAGUGACACCUGACAGGACCUUCACAAAAUGUGGACACACAGCAGGUGUGACGAUAAUGCCCCCAUAGCUCGAAAAUUAAAUAAUGAUGCACAAUCUCCUCCAGGGUUUUAUAACAUGUGUUACCAAUAUACAGUAUGUGUGCUGCCUGAACAGCUUUAUUCAUCAUACAGUACAUCAAAUAAAUGUUAAAAACUCCUAUUUGACUUUAUCAACUAUGAAGUAUCCUCAUACAACGGUUCGUAUGAUAUCUUACAAAAUGUUAUUCCUCAUUUUUCUUAUUCACGAAUGUCUGGCAGCACGUGUCAAUUUCUGCACGUUACAUGCAUACAGUCUUUUCAAAAUAAACUUCCAUCUUCACAGAUAACAACUUAGUUAGGUUUGGGCAAAAAAACUACUUGGUUAGGUUUUGGAAAAGAUCGUGGUUUGGGUUAAAAUAACUACGGAAGUGGUGUAACUUAAGUUCAGAAGUUAGAGACAAAUUAAUCAACGCUGACUCCUGGUUUCACAUGGGACAUGAACAGCGGUCUCCUGUUUUUUUUUCACCCCCUUCCACCCUAGACCGGCGUUUGUCGCUCUUCAUACUUGAUUACGCAUCGAUUUUGUAGGAUAUAUACUGUAUGAAAAUUACAGUGCAUUACUUUUCGUAGGUAUGAACGGUGCAUGAGAACAGCCUGAUGAAGUAGACGGCAAUAUUCCCUCAUACACGUGUGACCUAAUUGGCAAUUUCCCAAUACUAAAUCAAAUGUGUGUUAGCCUCUUCAUUGAAGUUGCAAUAGAUGAAGCACAUACGUUAUUUCUGAAGCUGUCAGUGUUUAGUUUACAUUUCUUGAGAAAAUGUAAUUAUGUGUUUUAGCAACUCAAGCACACAUUUUAAUAUGGUAACAUGUCAUGUGCUUUAGCUAAAGUAUCAUUACCAUGAAAUAUGUUGUUCUUUUCUUAUUCUGGGAAGCCUAGUCUCUCAUUUUAUUAUUUAUUCAUUUCUGGGAUGUUUUUUAAAACCCUGACCAACAAGCAAGUGCAGCAAGGCGUAACUGGACCUGUGGGCCCUUGUUGUUGUCUAAUUUAUUAUCUUUUACAGUGGUCAAUUCAUCCAUAUGGCACUAUCGUAUAUAUUUGAUGUUCUAGUUAAGUGGUGCACGUUGGAGAAUAGGUUUGUUCAUGUGCAGCAACAUGUAAAACUAAGUGUCGGUCCUGGAUUUCCCUUCACGCUUUAUUUAUUCAAUAAAUCGAAACCAUGAAAUUGUAAUA